AUGAAAUAAGUAAGCAAUUCCAACUAGUUGUAAUAAUUCGAUCCAAUAGAGGUGAUUGACAAUUUAGAAACAUUAAAAAAAGUGAUUAAAUAAAAGGAUAUUUAAAUUAAAAAUAUGGAAACAGAAUUUUAGGAAAGAUUAAAUACAUUUUAAUUAGCUGUUGCAAGAGAUUAAGAUGGAUUAAAACAAGACAUAAUAUCAUUUUUAUUAAAAGACAAUGAGUAAUAAAAAAAGAUUGAAUAGCUGCAUAUUAAUUAUGAAUUGUACGCUUUAAUAAAUAUCAUCAUUAGAUUGCAAAAUUAAUUGGAAGAGACAUUUAUAGAAAGUAAUAAUAAAAUAAAGACCUUGCUUGAUAUAAAUGACAAGAAGGAUUAUGAAAUAGGAUAACUCAAAUAGUAAAUUAGAGACACUGAAGAAAGAGUCAAUCAACUGAGAAAAAAUUCAAUUUCAAAAGAUAGAAAUAUGGUUGAAACAGAAACAGCGAGUAAUAAAAAGGUUCUUGAUCUUUAAAGAAGAGAAGCCGAUUUAACACUCAAACUUAAACAGGCUUUGGACAAAGUAAAUAUGAAUUCAAAUUAUUAUUAGAAUUAGUAAUUAUAACACUAUUUUGAAAAUUAUUAAAAUGAAAAGGAAGUUAAAUUAAUCAAAUAAGUGGAACAUCUAAAGAAAUAAAAUACAUCUUAAUUAAAUAACAUCUCAUCAAAUUAUGAGGAUUAAGUCAAAACAUCAAAGGAAGUUAUUGAAUAAUUGUAAGAGCACAUUCUCAAUUAAAAAGAAAGAUUCUCCUUUAUUGAAGAUGAAAAUUAAAAGUUAAAAUAUGAAGUUGAAAUUGCAAAUGCUAAAAUAAAUUGUAAACUCUUUUUUAAUUACUUUAGAAUUAUUAACCAUUAUUGAUAAACUUUAGUAAACAGAAGCCUUGCAUGAUCAUACUAGAAAGGAAUUACAAUAAAUUGAGGAUGGUAAAAAAUCGCUAGAAAAAAAUUAUAAAUUGUAUUAAAAGCAUUUAUUUUUAGAGAAAUCUAAGCCUUAUAAAUCUAAUUGGGGGAGGCUACAAAAUAUAUUGAUUUAACUACCAAUCUUCAAUAGAAGCUUAAUAACAAAGACUCAAAAAUAAAAUGUUUAUUAAAUGAAAACCAAUAAUUACAAUAAUUAGUUUCAGACUUAAGGCUUUAAGUUUCAUCAGUUGAAUAGCAUUUUUAAUAAAAUGUUGAUGAAUAGAGAAAGGCUAAUGUGUUAUUAUCAAAUAAAGAGUACGAGCUUUAAACAAUAAUUGAAAGUUAAGCUCAGAAUUUUGUUGAAUAAGAAUUGAAAUUAAAAUAAAGCUAUGAAGAAUUAUGGCUAGACUACUAAAAUUUAUAAUAUGCAUAUGAAUUGUUAAAAUAAAAGAGUGGUGAAGAUUCAUUUAGAUUAAAACUAUACAAAACCAAUGAAAAAAAAGGCAGUAGGGCCCUUCAUGGUAGUCAAACUAGAAUGACAAUUGCUGAAAGAGAUCAAUAAAAUAACUAAGAAACUAUAAAAAUCAAUGAUGAAGCCUUUUUAAAGACACUAGAAAACUACUAAAAUUAGGACUAACCAAAGUAAACUAAUAAAAAAUUAGAUAGAAAUGUCUAUGUAAAAAGAGGUUGA